GUCGGGCCCGCGAAGCGCACUCGGCCGCCCCGGACCAGACAUCGGCCGGGAGCGAUCUGCGCCUUUCCUGCUCCAGGUCCGGGCAGCAGCCGCCCGCAGCCGGGAUGGUGACGGUGGUCCUAGAGCCCGCGGGCCGCUGCAGCUGGGACGAGCCCGUGCGCAUCGCCGUGCGCGGCCUGGCCCCGCGACAGCCCGUCACGCUGCGCGCGUCCCUGCGCGACGAGAAGGGCGCGCUCUUCCGGGCCCACGCGCGGUACGAAGCCGGCGCCGGCGGCCUCCUGGACCUGACGCGCGCGCCCGCGCUGGGCGGCAGCUUCGUGGGGCUAGAGCCCAUGGGGCUCUUCUGGGCCCUGGAGCCGGAUAAGCCGCUUUGGCGAUUUAUGAAGCGGGACGUGCAGACGCCCUUCGCCGUGGAGCUGGAGGUGCUUGACGGCCACGAGCCCGACGCGGGUCGUGUCCUGGGCCGGGCGGUGCACGAGCGCGAGUUCCUGCGGCCGGGCGUGCGGCGGGAGCCGGUGCGCGCGGGCCGGGUGCGCGCCACGCUCUUCCUGCCCCCAGGACCUGGACCUUUCCCAGGGAUCAUUGACAUCUUUGGAUUUGGAGGGGGCCUGUUGGAAUAUCGAGCAAGCCUUUUGGCUGGUCAUGGUUUUGCCACAUUGGCUCUAGCUUAUUAUAACUUCGAAGAUCUCGCCAAGGAAAUUGACAGCAUACACCUGGAGUACUUCGAAGAAGCCCUGUGCUACAUGCUUCAACAUUCCAAGGUAAAGGGCCCAGGCAUUGGGCUUCUGGGCUUUUCUUUAGGGGCUGAUAUUUGUCUUUCUAUGGCCUCAUAUUUGAAAAACAUCUCAGCCACAGUUUCCAUCAACGGAUCUGGGUUCAGUGGAAACAGACCCAUACGGUACAAGCAGACUUGCAUCCCACCAUUGAACCAUGAUUUUAGAAGACUCAAGGUAGCCUUCUCAGGCCUCCUGGACAUUGUGGAUAUACGAAAUGAUGUUAUAGGAAGGCAUGAGAACCCCAGCAUGAUUCCAAUAGAGAAGGCCCAGGGGCCCAUCCUCUUCAUCGUUGGUCAGGAUGACCAUAACUGGAGGAGUGAGUUAUAUGCCCAAAUAGCCUCUGAACGGUUACAGGCCCAUGGAAAGGACAAACCCCAGAUCCUCUCUUAUCCUGGGACUGGGCAUAAUAUUGAACCUCCUUACUUCCCCCUAUGCCCCGCUUCUGUGCACAAAUUACUGAACAAACCUAUAAUGUGGGGUGGGGAGCCCAGGGCUCAUGCUAGGGCUCAGGAAGAUUCAUGGAAACAAAUUCUAACCUUUUUCUGCAAACAUCUUGGAGGUACCCAGAAUAUAGCUUCCCCUAAAUUAUAAUGUGUUGGUCUGUUACUGACAUGAGAAAUUCAAGGUCAGAUUCUGGUUUUCAGAAUCAGUUGUCCCCUGGAUGAUGUUAAAUUCAUGUCGUGGGUAUUAAUGCUGUACUUUAGGUAAAAUUUUUAAUACAUUAUGUUUUCAUUAAUUUUA